AAAAAGAAUCCUAAUUCUUUCUUUAUCGACUUUCUUUAUCAUCCUCCGUUAAUAAUCCUUACGGUGACGAAACGAUCGAAAGGAAAAAUAAUUCUAUUUAUUUUGAUUUCGAUCGAGGGAGUCUUAAGUUCGAAGAAGAUUAACGAGAGAGACAGAAAGAAAGAGAAAGAGGGACAGACAGAAAAGACAGAGAAAGAGAGAGAGAAGAAAAUCAGGAAAGUCGUGAAAUAAGAAAAAUUGGAAUUGGUGCUGUGAAGGAACGAAGUUUCAAGAGAAACGAAUCGGGAGAGAGAAAAGAAAGAAAGAAAAAAAGGAAAGAAAGCUAUUCGAGUUUGAAAGAGUGAACAAAUAUUACGUUAAUCGUCGAAAUAUCGCGAGGAAAGAUUUAUCAUCGUUUACUUAUUUUCCUUUCUUCCUUCUCGUCUGCUGUCUCACGUAUAUGUGUUCGUCCGUUUAAAGAAAAAAGAAAGAAAGAAAAUUAAAAAAAAAAUUUCUAAAUAUAAACAGAGAAUAAAGAAAGAAAAGGUGAUACGUAAAGAUAAAGAGAGAAGAUCGAAAGGACGCAGGUAUACACACACACACACACACACACCGUGUUUGUGUGGAGAGAGAAACCAAUCAAGGAAAAAAAAAGAAAAUAAAGAGAAGUGUCCUGCGAUUCAGGAAGACCUUCGAACGCGCGUGUCACUCUUCUCGACGCAUUCGGUUUUCGAAUCUGAGCGACUGGUAUUAUUGAUCGACCUCGUGUGCACUAGAGGGUAGUUCCAAGUGAAAAAGAGAGAGAGAGAGAGGGAGAGAGGGAGAGAGUGGGGCCAGAAACACAAGAGAGAGAGAGAGAGAGAGAGAAAAUUGUCUUUAAAAAGAAGUAAAGUUUCACAGACGCAAAGUUUGCUCGUCGUGUGACGUACAUACGUUCUUCUUCUUCUUGUUAUUAUUAUUAUUAUUGUAUAUAUUUUUUUUUGUCAUCAACAUCUUCCUCUUCUUCUUCUUUUUCUUCCACUGCUUUCUGUCUUUCUUUCUAUCCUCCAUUUUUGAUGGCGUUUCAUUGUGAAAAAGGAGGAGGAAGCAUGGCACGAAGAACCAUAAGAAGUUUAUUAUUCCUAUUGGCUAUUGUUGCGACCUUCCUAUGCGAUAAAACGGAAGCAGCACCUACUACGUCGAGUAUUUCGGAUCUUUCUGCUAUGAGAUAUCUCUCGCAGUAUGGAUAUUUGCCAUCGGUUAAUCCUGCAAAUGGCGGAAUCAUUUCCGAGGAGUCAUUAUCUCAAGCAAUCUCAGAGUUUCAAUCGCUUGCUGGAAUCAAUAUAACAGGUUCUAUGAACGAUGAAACGGCCUAUUAUAUGUCUUUAUCAAGAUGCGGCGUUAAAGAUAAAGUAGGACCGAGUUACGAUGGAAGAUCGAAGAGAUAUGCUCUUCAAGGAUCGAGAUGGCGAGUAAAGAAAUUGUCCUACAGGAUUAGCAAGUAUCCAGCGGGUUUAAGUAGAACAGAAGUCGAUAAGGAAAUCGCUAAAGCUUUUAACGUUUGGUCCCAAUACACCGAUUUAUCCUUCACGGUUAAAUCUUCCGGCUCGGUUCACAUAGACAUCAGAUUCGAAAUCGGUGAACACGGAGACGGUGAUCCGUUCGAUGGACGCGGUGGUACUUUGGCACACGCUUAUUUCCCGGUUUACGGUGGAGACGCUCAUUUCGAUGACGCCGAACAAUGGACGAUAAACAGUUAUCGUGGGACGAAUCUGUUUCAAGUUGCGGCACACGAAUUUGGACAUUCGCUCGGAUUAAGUCACAGUGACGUUAAGGCCGCCCUGAUGGCACCGUUUUAUCGUGGAUACGAGCCCAAUUUCAAUUUGCAUUCCGACGAUAUCGAUGGUAUUCAAGCUCUAUACGGAAGAAGAACAACGACUGGUUGGGGACAGGGACCAACGAAUAUUCAUCCAACAUCUGUACCACCAACUGGCGAGGAAGAUCCAGAGCUUUGUAUGGAUCCAAAGAUCGAUACGAUAUUUAACUCCGCCGAAGGACACAUAUAUGUCUUCAAAGGAGAACAUUAUUGGAGACUGACAGCCGAUGGUAUAGCUAGCGGUUAUCCCAAACGGAUUAGCAAUUCUUGGAAGGGUCUUCCGGGUAAUAUAGACGCUGCAUUUACAUUCAAGAACGGUAAAACUUAUUUCUUUAAGGGAUCGAAAUAUUGGAGGUACAUAGGCAAACAUAUGGACGGUCAAUAUCCAAAAGAAAUAAGUGAAGGUUUCACGGGAAUACCUGACAACAUAGACGCUGCGACAGUUUGGACAGGAAACGGAAAGAUAUAUUUCUACAAGGGAACGAAGUUCUGGCGAUUCGAUCAAGUACAAAAGCCACCGGUUAAGAGUACUUAUCCAAAGCCAAUCAAAAAUUGGGAAGGUCUACCGGAUAAUCUAGACGGUGCUGUCAUUUAUCAAGGAUACACGUAUUUCUUCAAGGACAAGGGCUAUUACAGAUUCAACGAUCGUACCUUUUCAGUGGACGUCGCCGAGCCAGCGUUCCCAAGGGCGACAGCUUAUUGGUGGUUCGGAUGCAAGUCGGCGAGCAAAGGGACGUUAGGUAAUAUCAGAUGGCAGGGCGAAAGUCCCGAAGAAUCUUCCCUGUUUUCCGGCAUGCUGGAUGCCGGCGAUCGUGACUCGUUCGACAAUGACGUUAGCGACAUCAUAUUAGACGCAGGAGGAUUAGACGAGCAAUUUGCAACGCCAUCUAAUCAAGAUCGCAUGGAUUCUGGAUCGCGUAGCAUUUUCAACGGCGAGACAUGGUCCAUUAUCAUUAGUAUCGUAACGGUGAUCGUAGCGAGGUUCAUCGUCGCAACAUAAAUCAAAUGUACAACGAAGAAACGAUUCAAGGUUGAAGGAGAAAAGAGAAAGGAAAUACUAUGUGUAUGUAUCACGAUAAGGAAUCUCCGGUUAAUCCAUCCAACGGAGUGUCAUCGUGUUUGAAGAAUUUCUCAUGAGUCAAAACACGUCGAGGAAAACACGUGGAAAGAAGAAGAGGAUGAAGCAAGAAGUAAGAGAAGAAGUAGGAGAAAAAGAAAGAAUAAAAGGAAGAGGAGAAGGAGACCCUUCGUGUUCUCGAUAUUUAGAAUGAUUGUGUCGUCCCUGGUUUCAUGGCUCGAAACGAACGUUCCCGCGCUUUCUUGUUUUUCUUUUUUUCUUUUUUUGAAAGGCGUUUCCAUUUGAUUGUCUCUCAUCGUCGACUUACGAUUGGCUAUCGUUAGUGGUUAUAAUACAGUGACUCCGUUGUGCGUCAAAGUUUCUUCUCUAUUGGACGGUAUCCGCGAAAUAGUAGGGAAGGAAAGAAAGAGAGAGAGAGAGAGAGAAGAGACAAUGGGAGGGAGAAGAGUUGGGCGCAAACUGCCAAUGUGGUGACGUCUUCAAUAGAAGUCUUCUUUUUUUUUUCUCUCUAGCUGAUUAAUUCACAAGAAUCGUACAGACGGUAUGUAUGUAUAUGUAAUAAGUAGUCGUAUGAAUUUGAUCAAAAGUAAAAAAAAAAUAAAUAAAUGAAUAAAUAAAUGAAAUAAAUAAAUAAAUAAAUAAUCCGAACGAUAGAAAAUUAACGGUUGAGCGAUCGUUCUUGCACGCGUUUUUCACGUUGGAACGAUUCGUACGAGAUUCUCGUUGUACAUUGGAUUAUAUCAAAUAAAAAACGAAAAAGAAAAAAAGAAAGUAAUAAUAAUAAUCUUUGAAUUUUUCCCGCUUGUUCGAAGAAAGAAUAUAAAAGUAUAUAAACUGCAAUAAUAUCGUACUUCACGGUGCUUUGUGGCAAUUUAAAUAAAUCAAAUUCGACGUUCCGUUUGCGCGCGCAUUAUGAAUUGAAAAAUAAAUCUCUAAACUUUCGCUCAGCCAUCGUGCGUAUUCGGAUAUUUUCGAACAUAAGCCUAUAUUUAAAAAUAAGUUUUAAAGUAAUGUUCAUUCAUCAUCUCGAUCGAUCGACGUAUUAAUCGAAUUAUAAGGAUUUUACAAAUCCAAUUUUAAAACUUUCCAUAAGAAAUGUGAUGCGAUGUAUUAUUUUUAGAUUUAAGUGUUAGGAAAAUGAUAUGACCUUUCAAUUUUGUUAAGUAUAACAUUUUGAAUUCAUACUUUAUGAGUAGUCUUUCCAAAGUAUACUUUAAUGUUUCUUUUUUUUUCUAAAUGGAUAUCGGAUAACGUAAUUGAAAUUGAGAUGAAGUUAUACUGUUUUAUGAAGAAACUAAGCUAAUUUAAUAUAAAAUGUUAUAUAUAUAUAUAUAUAUAAUAGAUUCGAAUAGUAUUCAUAUCAAUAUUAUUAAAUUUUGCAAUCCAAUGUUUUGGCUGGACCCUUCACACUGCCUAUUUAUUGAUUUGUAUAUUUCUGGGGAAAGACUUUAAAUGUCAUAGGCACUAUUCGUUUGGGUCUAGAACAUUGUUAGCAUUUCGCACAAAUUCCAAAAUAUAUUUCUUAUAAAAAAAAUGCAACAAAACGUUGCAAUGGGGUAAUUAUUAAAGAAAUGCUAAGAUUGUUUCAUAACUGACAAUAUGAUAUUGUCAAAAGUAUUUGUUAUAUAGAAAGUUAUGAUGUUACAUGAGUGUUAUAGAAUUUUAAAUUAUAUACAAAUUACAUGUUAAUUGUUUGAAAAUAUGAGGAAUGACUUAAUGUAAUUUAAAAAGGAGAAUACGCAGUAUGCAGUAUAGGUGAUAAGUUCAAAAAAAAAAAAAAAAAAAAAAAAAAAACAACAACACAAUAAUUACUUCAUAUUUAUGAAAUGAAUUUAUUCACAAACAAUAUUCAUAUAAAAAACAUCUGCUAUAGUACUCAUGUCACAACUAUUAAUUUACAAUUAUGUUAAAAAAAUUGUUAUUUUGCAAGUGCCUUAAAAAAUAUUUUUGUAAUGUAUACAUUUGAUAUCUACAAAAAGAAAUCAUAUUUUUGUAACGCAUACAUCUCAUACCUAUAUCUUCUUCGAUACAUUAAAAAAUGCAGUUUAUUUUUUCAUGUAAAUUGAACUAUUACAAACAAUUUCAUUUUUAAAAUAUAAAGUUUUUUUUGUUUUUUAUUCUAAAACGUUUAUUUCCUUGUAUAAAUGCUUCCAUAUCGUCAAUACAUUUACAUUAAUUUCAUCAGGAAAAUAUCUCAUUAUAAUAAAAGUAUGUACAAGAACCAAAUACGUUUCAUGGUUUUCCAAAAAUAUUAGGAUGCAUCGAUCAAAUAUCGAUUUUUAUAUAGUCCAAAACUUUGUAGCAUUAUUUUAAAUCAACACUGAAUAAAAUGAUUAUGAUGAGAGACUAUAUUUGACCAUAUGUAUUAUAUAAAAUAUUUAUAUAUUAUCCAAAUCGAUAAUUUUUUUUUCAACCAAUAUGCAUUUUUUCUUAUAAUUCAAUAAGUCUCAAAGUAGUUUGAUUGUGUAAGUGUUUUACCAGUACUUAAGUAUUAAGGAUUGCUUAAUGUGUAUCAGAAUAUACCAUGAAUGGCCCUGUACUAUGAUCAGUAUUUAUUAAAUAACAUAUUUACUAGUUAGUUUACAAAUAUUUUUUCAUAUUAAAAUGACAACAUACUAUUAUCCCCCGUUAUGUUUAGAAACAUAAAAUUUGUUAUAAACAUAGUACAAGGUCGUUUUUGUGUUGAUUGUAACGUUGGGGUAUUAAUGAUUCACUUUGAAACUUGCCACAUAGCUGUGUUUCACUCCAACUAACAAAACCUCCAUUGUAAUAUACUUUCCACUAUCGUAAAGUAAACAUUAUAAUAAAAUACAUGUAUAUUUUACCUAGCA